AAUACAAUAAUUUUGAAAAUUAAAAUAGUCAUGAUAUAAAAACUUAUAUAGAUAGCUUUGUAUUCACUUGUAUUCGAAUAUGACAUUUUUUUUCAUUUUUCCUUGUUCGUUUAUUGACCUGCCAACUAUUGGCCUGCUAUUGACUUGCGACCUGAUUUGACCCUUCCAUUAUUGACCAUUUCAUUAUUUGACCCGCACCGAUCCAGACUUGACCUCCCUGAUAACCAGGUCUAUUUACCGGGCUUAAAUCUGUUCCAUAAUAAGAGCAAAAGGACUAAAUUUUUAAAAUGGAUUGUCUAAAAAUAGCAUUAUCUUAUCCAUUAUCACAAUCUUUCUUCUAUCCCGAUAAGUUGGGAGUAAAACUUGGCAAAUAACAAGCAUGUUUUAAGUAUAGUUGUCUUGGUUAAAAUAUAAGUUUUAUGAUCCUCCAUAUUUUUCACCUUUGGAAAAAUAACAACCUCUCUUUCUUUUAAUUUGUUGUCAUUUUUGUUUCCUGUAAUUUCUUCCUACAACCUCCCCCAACAUCAAACCGAAAAACCUUAAAUUUCAAAGUAAAAAAAAUAGAAUUGAUUAUAGGUUCGACUCAUGGUGUAACCCUAGCAUUACUAUCUCAAUGUUCACCAUAUCAUCUCAUGACCUCCGAGACUCGGAAUUCCGGUCAGAAAAAUCUCCGGUCACCGGAAUUGUCGCCGGAGAAACUACACAACCGUCCAAGGUAGGAGGAUGGUUUUGCGACGAUGAAUCGAUUGCAGAGGCGAGUGACAACGAAGGGUCAUGCCUUAGUGAACAAGAAUCCGAUUUUGCUGAUAUUAAUUCAGAAGGAAACGAAGGAAGCCGGAGUACUAAUUAUGAUUACAAUAAUGCUAAUCAUACAAAGGAAAGAUCACCAAGUAGAAGAAAGAAACUAUUCAAAAGGAGGUGGAGAAGAGUGAAAGCCAAGAAAUCAUUAAUUGAAUUUAAAUCAAGAUUAGAGGAUGCCCUAAAUGGGAAUUUCCUCCUUAAUGAAGAAAGAAAUGGGGUGGCACAAAAUUUUAGGGACAUUACCCUUUGGGGGGUGCCCUUAUUGCCAAGCAAAGGCCAUGAAGGAACAGAAAUAGUCUUGUUAAAAUUCCUUAGAGCCCAAAAUUAUAGGGUUAAUGAGGCAUUAGAGAACCUUAAACAAACCUUAAUUUGGAGGGUAGAACAAGGAAUUGAUGAUAUUAUAAAUGAAAAUUUUGGAGAUGCAAAGGAACUUAACAAAAUGGUGUUUUUGGAUAGCGUCGAUAAUGAAGGACACCCUUUGUGUUUUAAUACGUACGAGGCUUUCAGGGAUAAGGAGUUGUAUGCUAAAACAUUUGGAACGGAACAAAGUAGGAGGGAAUUUCUUAGAUGGAGAGUUCAAUUUAUGGAGAAAAGUAUAAAAUAUUUGAGUUUUAAGCCUGGUGGGGUCGACUCUUUUCUUUUUAUUAGUGAUAUGAGAAAUGCUCCGGGUCCUGGAAAUCGUAUUAAGGAACUUGGCCCUGUUAGCAAAGAUGUUGUCUCUCUUUUUCAACGUUAUUAUCCUGAGCUCAUUUAUAAGCACAUUAUACUAAAUGCUCCCUUUUGGUAUUAUUUGUACCAUGGUGUAGUUACACAAUACUGUUCUCCUGGAACCAAAGAAAAUUUUGUAUUUGCAAGGCCUCACAAAGUCACUGAAACAUUGUUGAAGUAUAUACCUCCUCAAAAUAUUCCUCUGCAAUAUGGUGGUCUUAGACGAGAUAAUGAUGAUGAAUUCACAUCCGAGGACAUUGUUCGAGAGUUUAGUAUUCGAGGUGGUGCAGUAUCAAUCUUUAGACUUCCUAUCUCAGAGGUUAACGUGACGUUAGUAUGGGAAGUAAUAGUUGUAGGAUGGGAUGUGAGUUACAAAGACGAAUUUAUCCCUGACGAUGAAGGCUCAUACAGGAUCUUGAUACAUUCUGAGGAGAAAAUUGGAAAUUGUGUGAGAAAUUCAUUCUAUGUGAAUGAACCAGGAAAGAUUAUGAUUUCUAUUAAAAAUGCAACUUAUGUCAAGAGAAAGGUUUUCAUCCGGGUUAAAAGCAAAGCCACUUUGCCUGUCUACUUGUGCAAAUGAAACUAUUUUGUAAUAUAAAUCCACGUAAGCUGAGUUAGUACGUCCUGUAUUUAGAAUAUCAAUUUUUUUAUAAUUUUAUUAUAGAAUAUUAACUUUUUAUAAUUUUGUUAAUACAUGUAAUUAACGAUCAUAAUGUUUGUAAUUAGUUAAAAUAGGAUGGGGACAUUAACAAGUUAGCAUGAAUUUUUGUACAAUACAGAGUUUUGAUAUACUUGUAUAGUUGUAUAUACAUACUUGUAUUUAUUUGUAGAAUAUCUGCUAUUGUAUUAUUACCUUCAUUUUAUAAUGUUUCAACGAU